CUUCUCAGCCCAGCCAGAGCCAGGACUUCUAGACGAACUGGACGAAGGGCAAUUAACUUCAGAAAUCAGAAAAAAGAAAAAAAAAAAAACUAAAAGAGACAGACCGAUAAUGCGCAUAUCUUCAUCUAUCUAUGAAUAAUGUGUACAAGCUCCACGCUCGCCUCAUCAAAACCGGCCUCCAAAAUGACCCUCUCUCCCUCCGUCCUCUCUUACUAUCCUGUGCUGCCUCUGCCCCCGAAUCCUUAUCCUAUGCACGCUGUCUUUUCGCUCGCAUUCCCUCCCCUGACACGUUCGCUUACAACACUCUCAUCAGGGCCCACGCUCACUCCUUUCCCUCUCAUGCCGUUUCUCUCUUCUCCGCUAUGCACCGUGGCGGCCUAUCCCCCGAUCACUUCACUUUCCCUUUUGUUUUUAAAGCCUGCGCCCGUCUCCAGAUAGGCCUCGAAACUCACGCUCUCGUAAUCAAACUCGGUUUGGCUUCCGACAUUUAUAUACAAAACGCGCUGAUUAGCUUUUAUGGCUCGCUUGGAUCAGUCGUGGAGGCACUCGACGUGUACGAUGAAAUGCGUGUGAGAGAUUUGGUGUCUUGGUCUAGUAUGAUAUCUUGUUUUGCAAAUAAUAAUUUUGGGUACGACGCUUUGGGUUUGUUUCAAGAAAUGCAGUUACUGGAAAGUUUUAAGCCGGAUGAAGUUACCAUGCUUAGUGUAAUAUCUGCGGUUUCAAGCUUAGGUGCUUUGGAAUUGGGUAAAUGGGUUGAUGCUUUCGUUUUCAGAACUGGGUUGAAACUCACUGUUUCUUUGGGUACUGCGUUGAUUGAUAUGUAUUCUAGAUGUGGCUCUGUUGAUAAUGCUAUACAAGUUUUUAAUGAAAUGACUGUGAAAAAUGUAUUGACUUGGACGGUGUUGAUUAACGGGCUGGCUGUUCACGGGCGCGGUAAAGAAGCGUUGAGAGUGUUUUAUGGGAUGAAAAAAACUGGUUUGAAGCCUGAUCAUGUUACUUUUAAUGGGGUUUUAGUGGCUUGUACUCAUGGGGGACUUGUGGAUGACGGUUGGCGAGUUUUUAAUAGUAUAGAGAAGGUUUAUGGUAUGGAACCUACGGUACAGCAUUAUGGUUGUAUGGUUGAUUUACUCGGUCGUGCAGGGUUUCUUCACGAAGCUUUUGAAUUUGUGGAUAGAAUGCCUGCCAGGCCAAAUGCGGUUAUUUGGAGGACUUUGCUUGGAGCUUGUGUGAAACAUAAUGACCUUAAGUUGGCUGAGAAAGCAAAGGAGAGGAUUUAUGAGGUUGACCCUAAUCAUGAUGGUGAUUAUGUGCUUUUGUCAAAUGCAUACGGUGGAGUUGGUAGAUGGCUUGAUAAAGCAGACGUGAGAAAUUCGAUGAGGGAGAAGAGAAUUGGGAAGAAUCCUGGCUAUAGUUUGCUGAGCAUGGAGGAGAUGAUUUACGAGUUUGUUUCAGGAGAUAAGUCACAUCCUAAAUCCAAGGAAACCAAAGAUUUCUUGAUUUCAAUAAUUGCUGAUCUCAGAGUUGAAGGUUAUAGUCCCUAUAUAUCCAAUGUGUUACAUGACAUUGAAGAGGAGGAGAAGGAGCAGAGUCUUAGUUAUCAUAGUGAAAAGUUGGCUGUUGCUUUUGCGCUUCUUCACUUUAAGGAUAGAAGGACCUUGAGGGUCAUGAAGAAUCUUCGAAUUUGUUAUGAUUGCCAUUGUUUCAUGAAACAUGUUUCAGAUAAGUUUGACAGAGAAAUUAUUGUCAGAGAUCGGAAUAGAUUCCAUCAUUUUAGAAAGGGAUCUUGUUCUUGCCAGGAUUACUGGUAAUAGAUAUUCCUCUCUGGCCCUCUCUUCCAUCUUCUGCAUGUAUGUUAACAUUGGAUUCCAUGUAUGUUUUGGGUGGCUUUCAAGCAUGUAGCUGUUCUAGUUUCAAGAGUUAUCUGGAUAUAUACUUGUUUUUCCA